UCGACCAAUGAGCGUCGGCGGAGGAUAGAAAAAAAAAGGAAAAAAAGACAACCCGAGCAGUGUGUUAUGGGAGCGGAUUAAACAAGUGUGUUGAAGAGUAGAGAACAAAGACAGCUAAAAAGAGGAAGCGGCAGAUUUGACCUUCUUAAACCAGUCUUGAUCAGGGGUCUGAUCUGGCCUCCCGAAAGCACCACCCCACCACUUUCAUGUGCGGCCUCUCGUCAUCACAGAGUCAGAAGAGUCCGUCUCCCGCGAGCGCGCCACGUCUUCACUGAGAUCCCUCGACUGACCACUACAUCUUCUCAUCCCUCCGGAGCUGUAUCAACCGCCUCACAUCGCACUGCUCCGCCGGUUGGCAGCUCCUCUUGCACUGAGCCAAGAUGAAUGACGUUCAGGAGGCCACCUCCCCCGCAACCAGCCUCAGCGGUCCGGCUACCUGCGUCUCCAAAGUAGAGCUGCGAGUUUCUUGCAAAGCUCUGCUGGACCGAGACACGCUGAAUAAAUCAGACCCAUGUGUCAUAGUUAUGGUGCAAACCAACGGACAGUGGACAGAGCUGGACAGGACUGAAGUGAUCAAGAGCAACUUGCACCCGGUCUUUGCCAAGGUUUUCUCACUGGACUACUACUUUGAGGAGGUUCAGAAGCUGCGAUUCGAAGUCUACGACAUCCACGGCACCCACAGCAUCGGGACCCGUGACGACGACUUCCUCGGUGGGGUUGAGUGCACCCUCGGCCAGAUCGUGGCCCAAAAGAAGAUGGUGAAACCGUUGUUGCUGAAGUAUGGGAAAUAUGCUGGCAAGUCCACCAUCACAGUGCAUUCUGAGGAAAUUUCUGGCAACAACGGAUAUGUGGAGCUCUCCUUCUGUGCCAAGAAGCUUGAUGAUAAGGAUCUCUUCAGUAAGUCAGACCCAUUUUUGGAAAUAUAUCGAAUCAACGACGAUGAGACCGAACAGCUUGUGCACAGAACUGAGGUGAUUAAAAACAACCUGAACCCUGUGUGGGAGCCCUUCAAAGUGUCUCUCAUAUCCCUGUGCAGCUGUGAUGAAGACCGGAAGCUCAAGUGCCUAGUGUGGGAUUAUGACUCCCGGGGGAAGCACGACUUCAUUGGCGAGUUCUACGCCACUUUCAGGGACAUGCAGAAAAUUGCCAGUGGAAAUAAGGUGACGUGGGAUUGUGUGAAUCCCAAGUACAAACAGAAGAAGAGAAACUAUAAAAAUUCAGGAGUUGUCAUCCUCACUGACAUGAAGCUCCACAGAGUGUAUUCCUUCUUAGAUUACAUCAUGGGAGGAUGCCAGAUUCACUUUACGGUCGCCAUUGACUUCACAGCCUCCAAUGGAGACCCCAGGAACAGCUGCUCAUUGCACUACAUCAACCCUUACCAGCCCAAUGAGUACCUGAAGGCACUGAUAGCAGUAGGCGAGAUCUGUCAAGACUAUGACAGUGACAAAAGAUUUUCAGCUUUGGGGUUUGGGGCCAGAAUCCCUCCAAAUUAUGAGGUGUCUCAUGACUUUGCCAUUAAUUUCAACCCGGAGGAUGAUGAAUGCGAAGAGAUCCAAGGGGUGGUUGAAGCCUACCAGAACUGUCUCCCCAAGAUCCAGUUAUAUGGCCCAACCAAUGUUUCCCCCAUCAUUAACAGGAUAGCCAAGCUGGCAGCAGGCGAUGGCAACAUUAAAGAUGCUUCUCGGUACCACAUCCUGCUCAUCCUGACGGACGGUGUGGUGACAGACAUGGCAGACACACGUGAGGCCAUUGUACGAGCCUCCUACCAGCCUCUCUCCAUUAUCAUUGUUGGUGUGGGUAAUGCAGACUUCACAGACAUGCAGAUUUUGGACGGAGAUGAUGGAGUGCUCCGAUCACCAAAGGGAGAGCCAGUCCUCCGGGACAUUGUGCAAUUUGUGCCCUUCAGAGACUUCAAAACAGCUUCUCCUGCAGCCCUGGCCAAAUGUGUCCUGGCAGAGGUUCCCAAACAAGUAGUGGAGUACUACAGCCAUAAGGCCAUCUCCCCCAUGUGCCCCAUAAGGGACUCAUCCACACCAAUCAUCAGCCCAGUCGCCACCACCCCAACAGAGUAACAACCCUCCCUGCUCCUGCGACCCAGCUUUGACCACAGUACCAGUCUGGCAAACUGAGAGAGAGAGAGGGCGCAUGCCUUACUACUUUGGACUGAAGAACCAAAGAGAAAAAAAUCUUGUUGUUUCGCAUUUAUUUCACUCCUAACAAAGAGUUUAUACAAGGACAGUGCUGCAGCAACUGUGGGUUAUAUUUCUCUGCUCAGUGUGGAUCCAGCACUUUUCCCUUGCUGUGCAAAUUGACCAUCCAGCUGUUUCAGCAUCAUGAGUCCUGAAGGGAUUAUAUUCCCCCCCCCCCCCCUAGUUUUCAUGCAUGUAAGCUGAUCCAUCAACUGGAUGCAGGCUUAUUAUUUCUCACUGCCCAUGACAUUCUGCACCACUAUUAUGUGUAUUUUGUUACUUUUUUCUUAUCUUUGGAUCAUUCUAAAUAUCUACUGUAUAGUAUAUUGAAGAAAUUAAUAAUAUGAAGUAUAAAGAAGAGAUGCUGCCUUUCUAAGUUUUGACCUAUAAUAACAUUGACCUGCCAAAGUCCAUCUGGCUGCAGAACUGGCGUUAUUUUUGAUUAUGGAAACUUUUUACAAGACAGGCACAGACCAUAAUUUGAAAUUCCAACCGGAGGAAUUAAAAUUUGUUUUCCCUUAAAAUAUUCAGGUGAGAAAACCUAAAAUACCGUUGUUCAGUUCUGAUGUGUUCAUCACUUCUGACCUGCUCAUCUUGUGCAUCUGUGAAUCUGUAAGUGACAUAAUGACUUUAACAAAGUGUGAUAUUUGCAUUAGCUCAAGUCCUUUAUGUGCUUUUUUUUUUAGUUACAGCUAACGAGUCACAGCAAGACUAGAGUACCCAGUGAAGUCAUCAGCAUGCAGGUUGAAGUGGAAGAUGGGUUUGGGUCGCUGUACAGAAACAAAGGGUUCUCCGAGAGAAGACAAAUGAUCACAUCCUAUUUUUGGUCUUUUGUUCAGCAGCUUCAUGCUGGGUGAAUCCAUUCCCUCUGAAUUGUCCAUUAUUGUUGUCAUCCCUAAGUCACUCAUCAUGCAUGUGACAUUCAGCAGUAUAUUUCAUUAUUUUUGUCCUUUCUACUGCUUUAUAUAUGUAAUAUAAUUCUACUCAGUGUUUUACAAGAAAUUUUGGUGAGCAUACAGAUUAAAUCAAAUGAAAGCACAAAACAGACCACAGUGAGUGCUGUAACACGGGUGUUUCAGCACUCAAAAUUUACAUCAGAAUAAUAAAAUUGUACAGUGAAUAAUUAAUUUAUUUAAAGGAUUCUGUCCAUAAAAUGAGUAUUAACUGUUUGCUUAUCAUUGCUCCAGAACAAACUGUUCUGUGAAUCUGUUCUUUUACCUAUUGCCUGAAGGAUCUAUAUUUACUGGUAAAGCUGCAUUUUGUUUUUCUGCUGUUCUAUUGACCCUUACAAUGUUCAUCAAACUCAAAAAGCUAACACCUUCACUUCCACUUACCUCACCAGUGCAGCCUGUUACAAGUCAGAAAAGGCCUCUGUAUUUUCUAAAGGAACCAUUUUAAUGCAAAACAGAGAGAAAGCUCCAACAUAAAAUGAAAAUGAGAAAAAAUACAAAUUAUCUGUAUAAGAUGCUGUUUCUAUUCCAACUACCUGUAUGAAACGAAGCAUCUAACUUACCAUGAAAUGAGAAAGUCAUGUAAUAACAUUUUACAGAAAGCCAAAUUAACACGAAAGUAAAAGAUUUAGAUCGACUAAAUGCCUUUGCAGUUUUCAACCCUCCUGGCAACUACUGACUAAUAUUUUAUGAUAUUACAGUUAUAAAAGUACAACAUGGACUUUUUUUAAGAUCCAAAGAUAUGUGUAAAAUCCAUAAGUUGAUCAUUUGAUGAAUGAAAUUUCAUUGACAGAACUGCAUCGGCAAGAAAAAAGCUCUACUGCUGUGACCAAACCACAUUAACACUAAAGUUUUUUAAGGCUCAUUAUUUAGCUGUUUAUUAUUUGCUGUCUGUUCCAAUUAUGACACUAUAUUUGUAUAUUUGCUCAGUGUGUUAUCUUAAACAGUGUGUAUGCCCUGACCGACUCUGAAUGGUGACAUAUUCACUUGACCAAAAACCAAGCUGUCACAGCCAUUAAAUGCAUAUGAAGAGUUUCUAAUGUGUCACACACGCACACGCACACGCUCCUCUACGCGUACACGCGCACACACAAAUCUGACUUUGAUUUUCCCUCUGGAGCUUCACCGGCCCUCCCCAGAUACACACUAUUGACUACUCAUGAAUGCACCUAAACACGGUUCCGCUGCUUGAUGCUCUCUGAACUCCUUUGAACAUCACAGCUAUUGAGGUUUCCUCUGUCACUGUGGAUCACAGAAUGAGGCCCUAUUGAUUCAGCAGGCCCAGAGUUGGAGUCAUACUCAGUUACCUGUAAGUUAUGGAGGGACUUUGGUCUCAGCACUGAGGCUCAACUCCAUGUAACUGGUUGCGGUAGAUGGAUGCAAAAAUGAAGAAAUACUCUGCUAGAAUAAAUAGCAUUUGACAUUAUAGGUUAUUUUGUGAGAAAACAACAUUUUUCUGCAUGAUAAAUCAUCUGUUUUCGUAAUUACACAUUUCAAUACAUUUUAGUCUUUAGGCUUCAAACAUUCCAGAUUUUUCACAAAAAAAUACAGUAUGUCAUCCUGAUGAUUUCUUCUUUUGUGACCAAAAAGUAAUCAGACAAUACGUACUAUCUCAAAAAAGUAAGGCAUUUGUGAACGCCUUUAUCUAUGAAACCAGCUUUGUGCUUUUUCAUAAUGCUUCAGUGGCUACUUAUCCCGACUAAAUAAGGUACAGAUAUUAACCAACAUAUCUGAGCUUUGUGGAAAAAAACCGGCACGCAUAUUGCCCCUCUAGUGAUUCGUGCCUUGGCCAUUCACGAUUUGUCCCCUAUUACCUUAUUGCUAUACUUCGCCUCAGGUUAUGAGCUGCACCCGCUCAAAUGGUUCAUUAUGCCCUUACUGACAUUUUUACAUAGUGUUAUUUUACAACAGAUAGAUGACAUACACAAUCGUAUUCCUUUAUCUAGUAAGUAAGUUUCUGAAAUUGUUUUAUCAAAAAGUACUAAAGAAAUGCCAAAAGUGUUUCCUUGGUUCAAACGCCAACACAAUGAGGUAAAGUUUCAUACAUUUCUGGGGGUUACUCAAGUUUCAAAACAUAUUGGAUGUUUUAUUAGUAGUCCAUGUUAAAGUGUGAUGCAUAGAUCUCUAAUGCCUUGCAACAUUUGCUCCACACUCAUUCCUCUUGAGACCUUUAUUGCAAAUUAUUUUUGAUUGUUAUCUUUUUCAUGAAGUGACACAUUUUAUUGCAAUCAACCAUGUAUAAAAUGCUGAACUAUUCAAAGAAUAUCAUUGUGUGCCAGCUGAACCCAAGUGCACAACCAUGUGGUGUCAUCACCUCAUGAAAGCAGCUUCAUUAAAAAGUAUAUAUAUUUAUAUUCAUGUCUUAAUGGGAACUCGUCAUUUGUGCCACAGUGGUGCAAACAACAGUGAGCUGAAACACUGGAGACAAUAAGACCACAAUCCAUGUGGUCUUCUUGCACUGUGGAUACAAAAAAAUCUGGGAAGAAUCCUCUUAGCUGCCUAUUUCCCCUUAUCUAUACUUGCACCAUUGUCAGACCAAAUUAACAAGUUGCAGGUUUUACAUCAUACUGAUGUAUUUGAAAUGUCUCUCUCUCUCUCUCUCUCUCUCUCUCUCUCUCUCCCUCUCUCUCCCUCUCUCUCCCUCUCUCUCACCCUCACCUAUCCACCGCUAAUCAGAACAAGGUUUACAGCCAACGACCUGAAUAUGCAAGAGGCCGUGUGGGUGAGAAGCAGCUCAUACGUCAAUAGUAAAUAUUUCAUUUCUUCAAAAGGAAAAAAAGGGAUUUAUUGCAUGCUUACUUUUAUUGUUAAGCUGUACUGUGCAGUUAUUCCUUUGGAUUGUAUGAUUAUGCUAAUAUGCAAACCUGCAUUUGCACAAACCUCUGUUCUUGUAGUUUUAUGCUCUCUGUCUUGCAGUUAGGUAAAUAAAAUCUCAUCAUU